AUGGCGGAUCUGCGCAUGCCCAAGUUCUGCGCAUGCCCAAGAUGGCGGAUCGACUACGGCUCGCUCCGUAGUAUACGGACCCGGCAAGUGGAUGAGAAUAGUAUACAGAAGGCUAUUGAAGAUCAAGAAAUCAUUUUAAAACAAGGCUAUUUGGAAAAGAGAACUAAAGACUCCAAAAUCUUUGGCUCUGAAUGGCAGAAGCGUUGGUGUGUUCUUGACAAUACAGCUUUCUACUAUUAUGCAAAUGAAAAAAGCAAACAACCAAAAGGCAUAUUUGCUAUUGAGAACUACCACGCUCAGCUAGUUCCCUAUCUGCGCAAGGAUUCCCGAAGAGAUUGCUGCUUUGAGUUGACUUCUCCUGGUAAACGAACCUAUGAGUUCACAGCUGCUAAUCCUGCAGAAGCUAUAGACUGGGUAGAUCAUAUCACAUUUCUGCUGAAAGAUAUGAACUCCUUCAUUAUCCCCUGUGAGGAAGAAGAGGGGGAGGAGGAGGAAGAAGAGGAAGAAGAAGAGAAGGAAAAGGACCACAGUAAUACUGAUAAAGAAGAGGCUUAUGAUGACAUAGAGAGUUUUGAUACCCCAACCACCGGCAGCCAGUGCAGCUCGCUCAAUGAGGACCAUAACGUGUUUGCUCAGGAUGACAGAGAAAAUGCUGGUGACAUCAAAAAUAAAGGGAGUUCAAAAACACUUUGCAAAUCAUUCAUUGAGAUAUCAAUAACUGGUAUCUAUUACAAGGAUUAUGAACUAGAAAUGAAUCAGAGUAUUACUGGCACAGAGUGA